GGCAAAAUAGCACAGGCCUUGGGAACACUUAGGAAGGUUUCAUAACCAAGCCAAGCAGUAUAGGUCAUGUUAACCGUACGAUGCGCUGCUGCAUAAAGUGUUUAUAACAGCACUUUGCUGACUUCAGUAUUAAAUUCAGUCAUUUUGUGUGGCGAAAAACAGUUAAUCUUUUUCAUUGUGUGUCAUCUUUGUCUGCAUUAUGGAAAACAAACAUAGACAAGCUGACGAAAUUGAGGCUCUGUGCUCCAUAUAUGGAGACCAGUGGCAGACCGAAGAUGAGCUCAAUCAAGCGUACUGUGUGGCUGUCACAGAAGGGAAGUGUGAUGCAGUGCUACACAUUAAACUACCCCCUGAGUAUCCAUCCAUUGCCCCCCCUCAAUACCAGCUAUCGGCACCAACUCUGAGCCGGGAAGAUAAACAAAGUCUAUCGGAUAGACUGGAGAGUAUAUAUCUGGAUAACAUUGGUGAAAGUAUAAUCUACCAGUGGGUGGAAGCUACAAGAGAAUUUCUCCAAAUGAAAUUUUUAAAUCAAACCAAUUGUGAUCCUGAACCAGAAAUUGUGGACUUAGAUGUAAACAUGAUCAGCCAAGAAACCAGUAUAAUCAGUAGAUUGGAAAUUCAUCAUGGGGAGGUCAUAACAGACAGAAAGAGCAAAUUUCAAGCCCAUGCAGCUAUAAUAACAUCAGUGGACCAAGUCAAGGAUAUGUUGUCGACAUUGCUGGAAAAUAAAAAAUUCGCUCAAGCAACACACAACAUCUACGCAUACAGGGUGCUCAAGGACGGUCUGCCAGGGUGUAUGGCCCAGGACUGUGAAGACGACGGGGAGAAUGCGGCUGGUAGCCGGCUGCUACAUUUACUGCAGACGAUGGGAGCUAUGAACGUGAUGGUGGUGGUCUCACGCUGGUAUGGGGGUGUCCAUCUUGGCCCAGACAGGUUUCGGCACAUUAACAAUGCAGCGAGGCAGGUCUUGCAACAGAUGGGCUUCGUCAACAAAAAGUAGAGACCAGUUCCUGCUACCAACACCCACUGAUGUGCAAUAAUUUCUUAUGUUAAAAAUGAUGGUUCAUAUUAAUUACGGAUUUUAAUUUUGUUGA